ACACACACACACACACACACACACACAAGCCACAGGAACAUGGGCAGCAGGGUCACCCUAGCGCCAUGCUUCAUAAAGGGCGCCGUUACAAUAGGUUUACUGUUACUCUGACGACUGCUCGGAUACAAUGGGAGUGAAUGUAUUGGCCUGAUGCAGCUCCUCUGUUUCUCUCCAUUUUCCAUUUUUCACUUGAUGACAGGGAGGACAGACCGAGACGGGACAGCAUGUUAUCAGAGGACGCUCCUCCUGAAGUAACCGCGAGGACUAAUGGGGUUUAUUCUGCUGAGCCUGAUUCUCCGCUACUGGAUCCACGCCGUGGAAGGAUCAUGUUCAGCUGGCAGCGCUGUGACUUGUGACCAGUGUCUGCAGCUCAGUCAGGACUGUGCCUGGUGUGCACAGGAGAACUUCACAGACUGGUUCUCAGUCAGCGACCGAUGUGACACACUGGAAAUCUUACUUGAAAAGGGAUGUGCCCUGAGUCACCUGGAGUUCCCUGUCUCCGAGGCCCAAAUCCUCCAGGACCGCCCAUUUGGGAAGAAGACGGAGAGUGCGAACAGCACCCAGAUCUCCCCACAGAAAAUGUCCCUCAAACUGCGAGCCGGCAGUCAAUUGACCUUCCAGGUCAACAUUCAGCAGACGGAGGACUAUCCCGUGGACAUGUACUAUCUGAUGGACCUGUCGGCCUCCAUGAUCGACGACCUGGAGAGGAUCAGAGACCUGGGCUCCACUCUGUCGAAAGAGAUGGCCAAACUCACCAGUAAAUUCCGCAUGGGCUUCGGCUCCUUUGUGGAGAAACCUGUCCUGCCUUUCAUCAGGAUCACAGAGGAAGAGCGGGACAACCCCUGCAGUAGCGUGGGUUUUACCUGCCUGCCAACAUUUGGCUACCGGCACGAGUUGUCCCUGACGAGCAACGCGGAAAAGUUCAACGACAUCAUCGCGAAGCAGCACGUGUCUGCAAAUAUCGACUUGCCGGAGUGCGGCUUUGACGCCAUCAUGCAGGCGGCAGUUUGUGGGGACAAGAUCGGCUGGAGGAACGAUUCCAUGCGGCUGCUGGUGUUUGUCAGCGACGCUGACUCACAUUUCGGGAUGGACAGCAAGAUGGCCGGCAUCGUGAUUCCUAACGAUGGCCAGUGUCACCUGGACGUCAACAAUGAGUACGCCAUGUCCACAGUGCAGGAGUAUCCUACUCUGGCUCAGCUGAUGGAUAAGGUGGUCGAGAACAACAUCUUACUGAUAUUUGCCGUGACAGAGGAGCAGACGCCCAACUACAAGAACUAUGCAAAUCUCAUACCUGGCGCGACAGUGGGGGCCCUGGCAAAAGAUUCCCGAAACAUCCUGGAACUGAUUGUGACGGCGUACAAAGAACUGCGAUCAGAGAUCGAACUGGAAGUCCUCGGAGACACAGAGGAGCUGCAGAUGUCCUUCACGGCCAUUUGCCCCGAUGGUACAGUCCUCGCUGACCACAAACACUGCUCCAACAUCAAACCAGGAGAGACGGUGGUGUUCAACGUAUCAGUGGAGCUCCCGGGAUGCCUGUCGGGCUUUCGCCACUUCUCCCUCAAACCGGUGGGUUUGCAGGACAGUCUGGAGGUGGAGCUGGAGUCUCUCUGCUCCUGUGACUGUGAGCGGCCGCCUGAAGCAAACACCAGCCGGUGCGUCGCGGGCCAAGGAGCUUUCCAGUGUGGCGUGUGCGUGUGUCAGCCAGGCUUCCUGGGAGCAGAGUGUGAAUGCAAUGAGGAGAGCGCAUUGUUGAGCAACUGCCUCGCAAACAAUGCGUCUGAGAUAUGCAGCGGUCAGGGGCAGUGCUCCUGCGGACAGUGUGUGUGUCAUGCGUCCAGCUUCGGCCGCAUCUAUGGACCUCACUGCGAGUGUAACAACUACUCCUGUGUCCGCUUCCGAGGAGAACUUUGCGGAGGCCACGGAGUGUGUGACUGCGGCGAGUGUCGCUGUCACAGUGGUUGGACAGGAGAGUACUGCAACUGCAGCAGCAGCACUGACGCGUGCGGGUCAGAGGACGGCUCGGUCUGCAGCAGCAGGGGCAGGUGUGAGUGUGGACAGUGUGUCUGCUCUGUGCCGGGAGCGUCCGGAGAAAAGUGUGAGAAGUGCCCGACAUGUGGAGACGCCUGUAGCUCUGCAAGGACCUGUGUGGAGUGCCACCUCCAAGAUAAGGGCGAUGUGGAGUCCUGUAAUCAAAGCUGCAGCGCUCUGAAGAUUCACAUCAACACAACAGAUUAUGACAACAGCCCUUCUAUGCCAUGCUCAUUGAUGACGGAGAAUGAGUGCUGGAUCUCUUUCAACGUGAUGGAAAGUGAGACGGGGACCACUACUGCCUUCAAUCUGCAGAUGUAUGGUUGCCCAGAGCCGCCGAACAUCCCCAUGAUUAUUCUGGGAGUCUCCCUUUCCGUGGUUUGCAUUGGCCUGACUCUGCUUGGUGUGUGGAAGGUGCUGGUGUCGGUCCAUGACCGUAAGGAGGUCGCCAAGUUUGAGGCAGAGAGGGCAAAGGCAAAAUGGCAGACGGGGACCAACCCACUGUUCAGAAGCUCAACAACGACAUUCAAAAAUAUCACUUACAAGAACAAAGAGAGAGACAAGAUUAUUGCAAUGGAUCACUACUGAUGAUGAACUGGAGGCAAUGCAAAGCGACAUCUGAGUGCACUUAGGUGUGCGUGUGUGUAUGUGUGCGUGCGCACAUAUGCGUUAACUUCUAUUUGUUACCUCUUUUGGACCUUUUCUGGCAUAAACACUGACCUUGUCACCUCAUGGAGACAUAACCUGGUCCUAAUGAGGAAGAACCUCAUUUUUGAGCUACUGGUUAAGCUUAGGACUAAGAUUUUUGAAUUGUGGUUAUGUUAAGGUAAAGGUUAGGCAGCAAAUGGUUAUGGUUAAGGUUAGGGAUCAGGCUGCUGUCCAAAUGAAUGGAAGUCAAUGCAGAGCACUCAGCUCUGGAGAGGCGUGUGUUUAUGUCUGUGUGUGUGUGUGUGUGUGUGUGUAAUGUUAUGAUCACAGUCGACAACACUGUGAACAGAUGAACACUAUGUACAUGAUGAAUUUGCUGCUGUAAUGCAAAGGUGCACUCUCAGUGUACUAAACCCUGCACUUUCCUGUUGCAUGAUCCUGCAAACUGACACAAGUUUCCCUCGACUGUAACAUGCAGCCUGGAAAAGAGGACUCAACACUAUGAGUGGCCUACUACUGAAAUUAAAGAGUCUGUUUUUUUAUUAAUUUUUAAUGAAUGUACAGUAAAUAUGCAGGUGAUAUGUGUGUGUAUUUCUAUGUUAUUGUGCUUGUUGUAUUUUAAAGUAAGGCUGUGCCUUCAAUGUUAAUAAUGGAUUAAUGGAAUAAAACUGUUUUUUUGGUCUUCUUGUGAAA